CUUCGCUUUGUCGAUUUGAAAAUUCCAAUUCGACGGCAGCGACGAUGCGCGCUCCGAUGCAGCGGCUGAAGGACAAGAUGAGCAUAUGCGAGCGCACGCUGAUGAGCCACCACACGCCCGCGGCGACGGUCGUCAAGGCCCUCAGCAACGUCAGCGAUACGGUGAUGGAGCUGCACAGCCUCGGUCAGCUCGACACCGACAAGUGCAUCCACGAAUUCAACCUCAUCGCGGACACGGUCUUUCUGCAGCUCGACAAUACCAACCCACAAGUGCUCGCGUCGGUCUGCGACCUCCUCCGCGCCCUGUCCGUCUGCUGCGGCGAGAUGUUGCGACCGACUGCCGAUGCGCUCAUCAGUGACAUCUUCGUCCUCUGUGGCCACAGCGCGCGCAACGUGGCGUUCCACGCCAAGGAGUGCGUGACGCAGUGGACGCAGCAUACGUCCUAUGCGCUGCAGCCCGUCGUGACGAUCCCAGACGCGCGCUUCAGGUCGCAUCAAGACAAUGUAUUGUACGCCUAUCACUUUGCGCUGCAAGUGCCCACGAUCUGCGACCAGUGGCAAACGGCCGAGAUCGCCCCGUACCACGAGGAGAUCUUCCAGGUCCUCUCCGCCUGCAUCGAAGACGAUAACACGACGAUCCGCGUGGCUGGCUUCAAGGCGCUUAGCGCGCUCUUUGAUUUCCAGCGCCACGAGAUGAAGAUGAGCGCGACGCUCCUCGCCGAGAGCUACUUGGGUGCGAUCUCAAAGCACAUCAUCCACGAUAUCCUGCGCGAGCUGCCGCAGUCGCUGCUUGCCCAGACGCUCUCGGCGUACCACGCUCGGCAGUCGCAUGCGGCGCCGACACCCAAGUUCCGGACGCAGGAGCUCAUGUACCAGACGCCGCGCCGGCAGCAAGCGCCCAAGAGCUUCCAGAGUCGCAUGAUGCUCGCGAAAGGGUCGCCCGCCAUCAAAGCGCCCUCGACGUACUUUGCCCAGCGCAGGCCGGUGCAAGAAGACGCCGGGCUCCGGUCGCGCCGGCCGCGCCAGCCACUCUUUGCCUCGACCGACAAUACCGCCGUUGUUGCGACCAACCGCUGGGAUCAGGUCGGGAAGCUCUGUCGCAUGGGCGGUCGCGGCUGCCGCUGGCUCGUCGACCAAGUGCUGCCUCGCCGCGUCCAGCGCUGGCUCACCUUCUGGAUCACUGUCGUCUCGGUCGUCUUUACGCUCGUCUCGGUCCUCUACUGGGUUCUCCUGGCGCCAGCCUAGAUGUAGCCACAUAGUACAGACGCCGUCGUGGCGUAUAACUUAGUCGAUCGUGUUAUAAACGCG